ACAGUACUAGUUGCGAAGCCAGGCCACAGAAAAUAAAUGCUCACAGAGUAACUGCAUUACCCAUUCAUAUACCCAGAAGGCUUAUUGACCACAACGCUACAACGUUCUUAUUGAUUUUGAGUCUCUCAAGGCUUUAGCAACAACUCCUCUUGUACCUCUGAUCUUACUUAGUAUACUUGGUUAAAGAUGAACAGUUCUGAAGCAUGUCUAGGUAGAACUGAGGCACAGCGGUCAACAGAUACGUAUGAGAAGCACUGGAUACAAAGAUACAAUCCCAUAAGUCUGAUAAUGCGCGGAUUGUGCUACAUAUUCGGUUUGCUAGGAUGUUGUGAAGCUGGAGGAGACACUGAACCUCUUCAAGAUUUCCUUACCGACAACAACAUAUUUUCAGAUAUUUUCAACCUUCCAGAUGAAUAUGAGCAGAUGACUCCGGAGAUCUUUACUGCAGUAAGUGCAGGGAAGAAAGAGUGUCUGGCGACUACCAGCAGUUGGCAAAUAGCACGUCUCAAGGAUGAUCAAGGAGAUUCUGUUCUUCACCUUGCUACGAGUUGGGGUAAUGUUGAACUAGUGAAGAGCUUUGUCUCUAAAUGCCCAUCUCUUCUACUAAAGCCAAACUCAAAGGACCAGCUUCCACUUCAUGUCGCUGCUCAUGCUGGACAAUUAAGUGUAGUUGAGGCUCUUGUUGCAACAGUAACAUUUGUCUCAGCUACACUGUCUGAUGAACAAGACAAGAAGAGACUAAAAUUAUAUGUUGUCAAGGAUAAAGAUGGAAAUACACCUCUGCACUUAGCCUUAAAAGGUGGCCAUGUUAGUACAGCUGUUUGUCUGGUGAAAGCAAACCAAGGGGCUUCAUUUCUUGCCGAUAACGAUGGAAUAUCUCCCUUGUAUAUGGCUGUAAGAGUUGGGAAUGUAUUACUUGUGAAAGAAAUGUUGAAGGAUACACCCGACAACAGCCAAGAUUUGGGGUUGGAAGGGAACAAUUUUCUUGCCCAUGCAGCUUUGAAAGCGAGGAAUACAGAUAUCCUUGAUUGCGUUCAUCAAAAAUGUCCGAGGCUUCUGGACGUGCUUGAUGAAGAAGGAAUGUCCUGUCUUUCAGUUGGAGCAUCCAUAGGGUUUAAUAGAGGAGUACGCAACCUGUUAAACCGGUCAGAAAAUAAAGUUUAUGUCUCCAAUAAUGAUGGAUCCUUUCCGAUCCACAUUGCUAUGAAGAGACGCCAUAUCUACCUUGUGUCUGAGAUUCUCAAAUAUUGUCCAGAAUCAAAAUAUCUGCUUAACAGAAAAGGUCAGAACAUUCUUCAUAUUGCGGCAAGUAGUGGGAAAAUGGAUUUAUACUUUUUUAGCUAUCUUUUGGGAGCUGCUGCUCGUUCUAUAUUUCUCCGGGAUGGUAGGUUUAGUCGGCUGAUGGAGAAGCAAGACGUGGAUGGGAACACACCUCUGCACCUUGCUACGAUGAACUGGCGCCCUCGUACUAUUUUUUGUCUCCUAUGUCAUUACAACCGAAAAUGCAUGGCCACACGGAACAAUAGUGGUUUAACAGCUCUGGAUAUUGCAGAAGGAAGUAUGCAUCCAAACUACAUAUUCCGAGAGAGGGUGUCAUUGUUGGUGUUAUUAUACUUUUACGUAACAUCAAGAGGUUUUUUCACACGGAAAAUGUUCACGGAAAAGAUAACAAAACCAUCGUAUCCACUAGAUGCUGACAAAAACAAAGACUACGUCAACACUCUUUUAGUGGUGUCAGCUCUUGUAGCAACCGUGACGUUUGCAGCUGGUUUUACGAUACCAGGUGGCUUUAACAGCUCUGGUCCAAACUCGGGCAGGGCAACUCUAGCCGGUGACCCCAAACUCAUCUUUUUUAUAGUCUUUGACAUCCUAGCAAUGCAAAGCUCUAUAGUAACGAUAUCUACGCUUAUCUGGGCGCAGUUGGCGGAUCCGUCACUCGUUCACAGAUCUUUAAAUACUGUGACCUUGCCUUUACUGUAUUUCUCUCUACUCUGCAUGUCGGUUGCAUUCUACUGUGGCGUUUGGGUUGCAUUUGCGCAUGUUAUAGAGUUUGUGGCCGUCCUCGAAAUCACAUUUUGGAACUUCCUCUUUCUAAUGCUAUUUCUCCUUGGCCCUCACGUUAUCAUACAAAUACCUGGCAUUCCAGCUUUAUUUGGUCCCUAUUUCCUGCUAUUUGUAUUGUUUGUGGAUGACGACCACCAUGAACAGGCUUCUGCUACAUAAAUUUCAGGCAAAGACCCCAUCCAAAGGAGAUUAUAAAGUUCCUGGAAUAGAGCUUUUUCUCAUUAGAGUGGAGUUGUUUGAUUCAGUACUUGUUACAAUUUGACAUUUCUUUAUUUCUGUUUCUUUCCAUGAUGUGGUUUGAUUUCCUUGUAUGUCCUAUGAUGUUUUUUGAAAGAGUACUUAAUUGUCUCUUGUUAAAUGCAUCAGUCUGUUUCCUGACUUUGCUGUAUAUGUUAAGUCCCAUGAACCUUGAUGUAGCCAAAAAAAUUCCAUUUCUUCUAAUUAUUAA